AAGUUCGCGGGUGGCCGUCUGUUCUAAAGGGCAGGUCUGUUUCUCACUCUGUCUAAAGCCCGAAAUAAAUAUGUCAGUGGCCAGUGUUACAUGGGUGUCGGAAUUCGUGGAUUGAUUCUGACCCUGGCGUCAGUAAAAGAUGAAUUUGAGUCCCAUUAUGAAUGGUUAAAUAGAAUCUCCACCUGUGAAGAAACAAUGCUGAAACAAAUAGUCCUCAACCUGGUUAGGUUGCAGACGUCUAGGAGCAACUCUCUUGCUUUACAUAAUCAAGUUUUUUUGUAUGGGAAAAUAUUGAAUACUAAGACAAGGCUAUGUCCAUCACUCUACCUGGCUACUGAUAUCAAGGACUUUGAGAAGGAAAAUACAAGAACUGUUGACAGCCUUUACAGGUUGUGUGUCAAUAUUAAGAAAAUCCGCCAGCUGAAAGGCUGGGUGCUUUCUAAAGAUGUGGCCUUUGUUGAGGAGAUUGGUCAGAUCUUGAAAGAUAUGGGAGCAAAUGAAGCCACUAUAGCCAAUAUUUUCGAGUCUUGUCCCGAAGCUUUUCUCCAUCCACCAGCAGAGAUUAAUUCACAAAGAACCUUGUGGCAUUCAGUUUGUCCCAAUGAUGAACAGCUUGUUAAAAUAAUUGAAAAAUUUCCAGAUUCUUUUUUCUGUUACAAAUCUACAACCCAUCAAAAAGCCAAUAUCGAAUACUUUCAAGAGUUGAGACUUAGCAACAAAAUUAUCUCUAGACUUUUAGCAAGUUCUCCACAGAUCUUUUGUAAUUCAGUUACUAGUAAUAAGAAGAUUAUCAAUGAGCUAGAACAGAAUUACCUUUGUCUGGGUGGUAAGCAAACUAACUUCAAAACAUGGCUGAUGAAAUUGUUAAGCCAAGACCCGUUUAUCCUAUCAAAGCCUUCAUUAUCAAUGAAGGGAAAUUUGAAGUUCUUUCAAAGCCUCGGCUUUUCCAACGAAGAAGUUCUGAAGCUUCUGUCUAAGCUCAAAGGUGUUAUUUUUGAUAUUAAUAGGGAACACAUGGAAGCUGGCAUUAUGUUUCUAAAAACGGUUUUCAAAUGCAGAGAGGAAGAGGUGAAACAUCUGAUAAUGAAAUGUCCAGGACUUCUGUGUUACUCUGUGCCAACAUUGAAUAACCGGAUAAAAUGUAUGCUCGACGAAGGCAUCUCUGUCAGACAGAUCAAGGACUGCCCUAAUGUGUUAGAGCUCACCCCACAAAUUAUACAGUUUAGAAUUCAAAAAAUAAAAGUAUUGGGCCAUAAUGUAAAGAAUGCAAAUUUAGAUAUUAUAAAUGGGACAAAAAAGGACUUUGAAGCAAACUAUGGCAAAUUGCAUGUAAAAAAAGAACGACCAAUGUUUAAUCCAGUUUCUCCUUUGCAUAUCGAGGAAUGAGUUAUCUGAGGCAGCAAUGAAUACUUAAUGCAAAAAAUAAAUACUGUAUGUGUAAUCUUAAA